UGCAUCCGGGAUAUCGAGACCAGCGCUUUUUCUGUAGUCCUUAAUCAUAGGCAUUGUCUUGAUUCAAAGUGAACCCACAGUAUCUAGCUAUAAGCAAUACUACUAGUCGACUUCAAAAUGGAAACCAAAGGAAUUGAUAUAAAUUUCCAAAUAGAAAGAAUCGGCUUCGGAAAGUUCCAAAUUAUUGCUUUAGCUAUCGUGUGGCUGAGGUACUUUUCAUAUUCAACUACAGCCAGUCUUCUCAUCAUAUUGGAGCCCUAUCUUCGUUGCUAUUGGAAAUUGAGUUACAUGACUGCAGCAUGGCUUGUCUUGCCUGAAGCUAUCACUAAAAUAGUUGGAUCGAUCUUACUUGGCAAAAUGUCAGAUAGGUAUGGAAGGCGCAAGACGAUGAUACUUGCUUUCGUUUUCAAUUCAUAUUUGACUCUCCUUUUUUCGCUCUCAACAAGCACAGUUCUGUUGGCAUUAAUACGAGGGGCUAUUGGACUGGUAUCCACAAGCUCCACGAUAGCAUUUACCUAUGCAAUGGAAAUUCUGCCAAUAUCAAAACGCAAAUACAUGUCUAUUUUUCCAGCAGCGUUUUUUGCAGGGUGUGGGUAUGGCAUUUUAGUUGCUAUGGCUUCGCUGAAAUAUUUGUCUUGGCGAUGGUUUGAUGCUUUUUCGGAGACCAUUCCGACAGCGUUAGCGGCCCUUGGAGUGCUAUUUUUGCCGGAAUCUCCGCGAUAUUUAAUGGCUGCUAGAAAAACAGACAAGGCAAAGGAAAUCCUGCAGAAGAUGGCUAAAAAGAAUGGAGUAGUGUGUAGGUUUUCGACAUUUCCUUCAUAUGAAUCUACUAAUGCUGUGACAAUAAAACAUUUCAAAACAAAAGUUGAUGUGCGACAGCAGCAAUCAAAAUACGAAAUGGCAAAAAGGAUUGCUUUGGUCUCUUUUCUGCAAUUUUAUGGCGAAAUUGUCUCUGCAACAGUGCGUUUUGGCUCAAUGCAGUUUGGAGAAAAUUCUGAUGUUUCGGAUUGCGGAAAAUGUUCCGAGAACUUGACAUACAAAUAUCGAUGGGCGGUAGAAACUGCUGGUUUUUUCUCAGUUGACACAUCUUACUGGUUACUGAGCAAAGUUACAAGAGGGCGUACAAUAAAAAUUUUGGUUGUUUUCCUCUGUGUUUGUCUUAUACCGUUCUACUGGCCUUUGCGUGGAUGGCCUCUCGUUGUGGCAAUCGCUCUCACUGAAUUCGGGGCAGGGCCGGUUCCAGGAAAUUUUCUUGGGGGGGCUGUAAGCUCUUAUGUACCGAGUAAUUUUAGAAAAAACAAUACCAAAAAUUUUGAGCUCAACUAA